GUGAAAUCUGUGGAUUUUUGGAGGAGAAAGAUGAAGAGAUCGAAUUCUGCGCCUUGUCUGACCGAAGCGGAGGUCCAGAAGAAGAGGUUGAAAACUUCUGACGAACAAAUGGGACCGAAUACAAGGGAAUAUUUACAGUUGGCUUUAGCUCGAGUGCUGGAAUUGCAGAGAGCUGUGAAGGAUAAUACUUACUUUGCUGAGAAUUCCAGUGAUAUCGGAGAUUCCGAUAGCGACGAGGAUUUGAUGCGCGACGUCCUGACGAGAGUCUUCAAGGACCUCCCUGGCUCCUCCGCGUCAGUUCCAUCGAUAAUUGAACGUGCGACUCGCCGAAAUCCCCCGGAAUUGAACAAAGUCCGAGGGAAGAGUAUUCAACUCUCCGGCUACGACGCCUGUCGGAAAGUAGCUCUCAACUUCAUGAAGGCUGCUGUGAAAGCAGUUCCCCAAGUCGACGACAGAAGGGACAUCAGGCGGAUCGACAGAACUCGAAGGAGAGACACUCUCUCCAGCGAAUACGAAAUUCGAUCGCGAAUGCUUCGAGGCCUCGAUCUUCAUCUCGCAAUUAAACAGCGGGAUUACAGUUACAAGCUGAUGAAAUUGUGAAUCCACAGUCAAUCAUUCUAAUUAUUCUAGUCGUUAUUCAAUUUUAAAACUUUGUUCCAUGAAUUCUCAGCCAAGGGGAAGUGGAAAAAUUUGGAAGAUGGCUUAAAAAAUUAGUUCACUUUGUAAAAACCGGACGGAGUGAGUUUAGAUUAAUUUGAAGAGGAUAAAUAAUUUUAAGAAAAGCUUGAAAAUACGAGGUGGAAGCGCCGCCAUUUUUGAAGCCCUCCCGGCAGAGGGAGGGGGCAUCCGAGCAAGAUGGCGGUGCCUGCACCUGUCAACUACCUCGUAUUUUUUAAUAUUCCUUGAAAUUAUUUGUCCUCUUCGGAUUAUUUGCAAAUCGGUUCAUCCGGUUCCUGGAAAAGAAUGAAUUUUUCAAGCUAUCCUUCAGAUAUUUCAGUUUAUUUUCAGCUGAGAGUUCA